GGAGUGACAGAGAGAGAGAGAGCGAGUGGGAAAACGCACAAGUGUCAACAAUUCAGUUUUAUUUUAGACCAAACAAGUCCCCUAUAAGAAACAAUAAUUGGGCAAUUAAGACGUGAUGUUUUAAAGCGGUGUUCGAGUCUCUCGUGUGUGUGUUAUUGUGUUUCGUUUAAAAACGGUGAAACGACCCACUAUCUUGAGAAGGUUGUUUGGCAGCGUUUUGUGGGACUGGGUGACUGCUGCCAAGAAUAAACCCACGUUGUUUGUUUAUCUGCUUCAUCUGCCUAGAUGCGGUUAACGUCACAGCUCUCUCCUCAUUCUCGUGUGGCGGCAGUUGCUAAUGUUAUUCCAGAGGCGGGCGGGACAGUGAGUGUAUGUGUGUGUCUGACUGUGGACCUGGUUUGUAACCGAGGUUCUUCUGGGCUGCAGGACAAGGCGGGUGGGAGUAUCCGUGUUUCGAUGCUAGGAAUGGAGGAAUUUGUUACCGAGGAGGAAGAGCCAUGGUACGACCAGCAAGAUCUCGAAUCGGACCUCCACUUGGCGGCAGAGCUGGGGAAGACUCUGUUGGAGAGGAACAAGGAGCUGGAGGAUUCUCUACAGCAGAUAUACAUCACCAAUGAGGAGCAGGUGCAGGAGAUCGAGUACCUGGUUAAGCAGCUUGAGGUGCUGAGGGAAAUGAAUGAGCAGCAUGCUAAGGUGUACGAGCAGCUAGACGGGACAGCCAGAGAACUGGAGCUCACCAACCAUAAACUGGUUCUGGACAGCAAGGCCUCGCAGCACAAGAUAGAGAGGUUGACAGGGACCAUCGAGACCCUACAGACUCAGGUGGAGUCUCUCUCUGGGCAGGUGGAACAGCUCCACUCCCUGGAGCAGCUUAGGGUCCGGAGGGAGAAGAGGGAGAGACGCAAGACCAUCGCCUCCUUCCCUUGCCUUAGGGAACUCUGCACCGCACCAAAGUAUGAGGAUGGGUUUGUGGUGGGCCGCUCAGACAGCUUCACCUCAGAGGCUAAACGGCAGCCAGCAGAGGAGGAGAACGAGCGCCUGAGAGAGGCGGUGUCGGCGCUGCGCUCGGCCGUGAGGGCGGAGCGGGGUCGCAGGGAGGGCGCAGAGAGAGAGUGUCACGUCCUCCUGGGGGAGUUCUCUCGUCUGGAGACACGCGUGCAGGGUGCGGAGAGCUGCCAGGUACGGAUCCAUGAACUAGAGUCAGAGCUCCAGGAACUCCAGCAGCUCCGACGGGCGAGGACCCUCCUCCUUUGCAGCGAGGACGACGGCGUGGGCUUCACCCAGACCCUCCUCAAUAACACCCCCGAAACAGACACCAUGGAGGGGGAGGGAGGAGAAGUGGGUGGAGGGAUCAGGGAUGAGGGCGAGGGGGGAGGAGGCUUAAGCGGAGAGUCGUUACCUGCCUCCAGCCCCGUCAGGAAGAGCUGCAGCGACACGGCGCUGAACGCCAUCGUGGCCAGGGACGCAUCCGGGAGGAGAAGAGGGAGCUACGCGAUCCACGCCAACAGCGUCCGUAAGAGAGGGAUGUCCAUCCUGAGGGAGGUGGACGAGCAGUACCACGCUCUGCUGGAGAAGUACGAGGAGCUGUUAGGGAAGUGCCGGCGCCACGAGGAGUCCAUGUGUCACACAGGGGUGCAGACCUCGCGCCCCGUCUCCAGGGACCCCUCCAUGAAGGAUUGCGCCAUGGGCUCCACCCCUGCACCCCCGCCCACCCCCACCGAGUCCCCCUCCACCCCCGAGGCCAUGGAGAGCAUCAGUAAGCAGGUGGAGGCAGUGGAUAAGCGGCUGGGCCAGAACACACCAGAGUAUAAGGCUCUGUUCAAGGAGAUCUUCUCCCGUAUUCAGAAGACCAAGACAGAAAUCAAAACUACCAAAGCCACCAAAGCCCCUAAAGCCAGCAAAUCUGGCAAGUCUAGUAAAUAAGAAUGAUAGUGGACUGGCUUGGUAGCAUAAUGCUUUUUUCAUGCUUAAAGCGCUUCAGAUUGUAAGGGGGCAACAUGCCUCAUACACUACCGAUGUGUAGCACUUGUGAGUAGGCUUCUGUAUGGGGUAUGGUCUCCUGUCUGCUUCUGUUACUAAGUACCAAUCGACCAAUAUGCUACUAAAACCAAUCUACUGAUAAUGCUAUCCGCUAUUAGCACCUGCCUACCUUUUCCCUGGAGAUCGAACACAUUCUUUCAGCUCUCUGUUGCUAGCUAACUCACAGGUAGGAUACCUGUCACCCACAGCCCGUUGGACAUGAAACAUGGAUAGAAUAGGUGCACUAAACACCCAAUGCUUCACAGUAAAAACAGUACUGUUGAUUCUCCACCUCAACAAUGACCUCUGAGUUCUUCAAACGUUGGAUUGUACUGAAACAAAAAAGUUAUGUUGGACAAAUAACAAGUCAACUCAAGGUUCUACCUUCAGACCCUGCUGUGCCCCCCCCAGCCUAUAUCGCCUACUGUCCGCCUGAACAAUGAACUUAAGAUGCCAACAAAAGCGAAACAGAAAAUGUAUGACUUUCUGCCCAGAGGACAUUGCGACCUUGUCUUGCACUGCGCUGUGACUGUAUACUCGUGACCUUAGUACUGUAUUUUAUACUCUAGAGGUGCUUACCUUCCAGGUCUGGAGAGACAUAAGCAGUUCGUGUCUUGUCAGAAUGUCACAGGGCUGGAACCGGGUUCGAGGUACACAUUGACUCUUGGGGCAAUCCUGAAAAAAGACCAAUGUUCAUAUUUUCUGUUUGUGGGGGUGUCAAGAUUUGUUCUAGCAGUGCCCAGAGACUCCUGUAACCCUGGAAUUGAAUGGUAGUUGGCUGGGUAUGUCCACUAGCCUAGCGCUAGCUAUAGCUGCAGUCUGUGUACUGACAAGAUGCAACAGACAAUCCAAACAGAUGGUUGUCUUUUCUGUUUCCUGGGGCAUUAUCAACACUCUCGCUAUAUUAGGUAAAGGUACAACUGACGCAUGGUCAAGUCAAAUGUGAUGUUUUAAAAUGUCAAUAUUUCGGGGUCUCGUUCCAUUUAUGCAGUUUUUUUGAUUGUCGGGUUGAUGAUUUUCACCCUCCACUACAAACAAAAUGCGGUGGGAAAGAACGCUGGGAUUGUAUUGCAAAUUGUAACGUUAAGCCUAAGACACAUUUUUACGUUAAGCCUGUUUAGACAAAAGUAGCUUUAGACAGGAAGUGAUGGAUAAUUAUAUAGCCUAACCACCACCAGUAUUACUAACCAUUAAACCUGGUCUGUUAACACUAACCCAGCUCACUAACUAAACACUAACACUACUGCUGCUGCAUUGCACCUUUACAGCGUACAGUAGGAGCAAUGCCCCUGUCUUGGCUAGCAACACUCCAACCACCUUUCCUUAUUAUCAUGAAUGUUAUAGUGGUUGCAUUACUUUGAAUCAUGUACUCACAUUGUAAUGCCAUACCAUAUGGGGAGGAGAAAAUGUACUCAGCAAUGCACCUGCAGUAUACAGGAAACAGUAUGUAUUUCUUAGAGCUAACUAACUCAAGGUCUUAAACUCAACGGAAGCUUCAAACCUAUUAUAGCAGCCACAGCAUUUGGCGAGAGAUCAAUGCUGGUGUGGCGUUGUAAAAGUAAAGCUGUCGAGUGGAACAAAAUGAGGAAAGAAAAGAGAAGUCAACAGAAUCAUUUAAAGCAGAAACAUCUUCUUGUUUGCUCCACAGUGUUAUAAUGGGUUGAAUGUACCAGUUCCAAGCGGAGUUUUAUUUUCCUCUCAGGGUCAAUCAAGUGUUGCUGAGUGAAGAAAAAGGGUAUGAUGUCUUGUGGAGGCUUACUGUCAGUCUGUCAUAGCAAUGUUCACUCCUGGUCCUGGAGGGCAGUAGUUUGUGCAGGCUUUUUCCCCAGCCCAGCAUUCAGCUGUACUGCUGGGCUGUAACAAAAGCCUGCACUCCCUGUAGCUCUUCAGGGCAAGAAGAUAAGGACACUGUAUCAUAGUAAUGGUAACAGAAAAGGUUCUGAUAUAUUCUAAGAGGGAACAAUGCCAAAAUGGAACCAUUUGACUGUCCUUUGAUGGCUCCUUGGCUUUCUCUGUACUGUAAUGUUUUACAGAUUGCACUUUGAAAAAACAAUGUUUCUGCCUCCUCAUUUCUUGCGUAUUUAUACAUGGAUAUUUACUUACUAUUACAUGUGUAUUUAUUCCAUUCUAGUGUGUGUCUGUGAGCAUUGAUUCAUGAUAACACUUAUCUGCUAUGGUGCCUAUAUGUGAUUGUAUUAUUGAUAUACUGUAUCUUUAGAAUGAAAAUCAUAUUUGGUUUUUAUUUAGCUAUCUACUCAACCUUUGUCAUUCAGAUGAGCAUAUUAUUAGUUUUAUUAGCUUAUUAGUUAGCCUUUGGCACCAUAGGUUUGCCAUUGUAGCAAGCCACGUUAACUCUCUCUCAUUGAACUAAGAACCAUUCUUGUUGUGGCAUUAUGUAUCAUUGACUAACUUGUCUGCUCUGUGCAAUUAAAGCAUUGGAAUUUAAAUAUGA